AUGACCAAAGAUCCGAGUCGGCCCCAACUGGUCACCCUCCAGAAGCAAAAUGUCGGCAGCCGGACGGCGUCCUCCGGCUCGUUCCACGCCGGUGCUCCCAUUCCCACGUUGAGCUCGUUCCGCCGAUCGUCGUCGACGCACAAAUACCAUACUUUCCCCGUUCAGUCGCCAAAAACGCCACGAGGGCUUCCUGUGCCCGUCCAGGAUGCAAUCUCCGAGUCCUCGGGCCAGUCGUCCUCCAGCGGCGAGGGUGACGAGACCCCUCUGCCCGUGCGACAGCUGCUGCUGCUGGCCUUCCUGUCCAUGUCGGAGCAAACAGCCCUCAAUUCCAUCGGCCCCUAUCUGCCAGAGAUGGUCGCUUCUAUGCCCGGUGUGCCCAGCUCCCAGAGCGGGUUAUACGUCGGCCUGCUGGCAAGCGCCUUUGCACUCGCCCAACUGUCUACCAAUUUCCUGUGGGGGUACGCUUCUGACAUCGUGGGUCGCAAACCGGUCCUGAUAGCGGGCACCUUCUCUCUCAUGGGCUGCUUCUGUGUGUUUGGCCUCUGCAAGGAGUACUGGCAGAUGGUGGUUGUACACGCGCUCAUGGGCAUGCUCAAUGGCAACGCGGCCUGUGUUCCAGCCGUCCUGGGCGAAGUUACUGACCGGUCGAAUCAGACCAGGGCAUUCACCUAUUUGCCUGUCAUAUACUCGCUGGGCAGCAUUACCGGUCCCGCGCUGGGGGGUAUUCUGGUCAACAAGAUGGGGUCAGAAUAUCCCUAUCUCGGGCCCAACCUUGUCGGUGCAGCGAUGCUCGCUGCGAGCAUCGUCGUCGUUGGCAUCUGGUUCGAGGAGACGCUCGACGAGUCAGGCAGGAGCCCCUGGAGGCCGGCUUGGAUCAGCCGUCUUGUUGCGUGCGUCGACGGCUCCAAUAAGCCCUCUGACCGUAGAGAAUCUUGGAGUUCGCGCUUGGCAGAGGCUUCAGCAUCACAGCAGCCGCUUCUGUCGUCAAGCUCAUCGACGUCAUCGUCAAUUGACCAAGAACGUACCGAAAAUGAUGGCAACGGCGUCAAGGACAAUGGUUUCAAUGGCCGUCCUGUCUGGAAAGACCUACUCAACCGUACCACCGUCAUCCUUCUCGCCACAUACCUCGUUUUCCAACUCUCCAACAUUAGUUUCAACAGUCUUUAUCCCAUCUUUGCGUCCGCCCCCGCACCAGCCGGUCGCGAUUUGAGUCCUCAAAAAAUCGGCUUCAGCCUUAGCGCCGCUGGCCUCGCAACCAUUGCGUUUCAAGCGUUCCUCUUCCAGCCAAUCAAGUCCAAGAUUGGAAACUUGGGCUCUUACCGCUAUGCUUUGCUGGGGCUCGGCAUCAGUAUGAUUCUGACGCCCUGGGUGGGCUACCUCGAUGACGAUCCGCCGUUGAACAUUGGCAGUGGUCGACUGUGGUUGUUCUCUGAGUUGGCUUUGGUCCUGAUCUUGAAGAACAUUUGCGCAGUGGGCGGGCUGUCAAGCGUAAUGCUGCUUAUUACCAAUUCUGCGCCGUCACACGCCAGCCUAGGCACGCUCAAUGGCGUCGCGCAGACGUUGUCGGCUCUAGGGCGUAGUUUCGGCCCGUUUGCGUCUGGCGGUCUCUUCACCCUCUCAGUCAACAUUAGACCCAAGGGGGAGGCUCUGGCGUGGAGCUUGUUUGGUGGUCUGGCAUUAGUAGGCUGGGUCGUCUCAAUGUUCAUAGUGGGGGAAGGACUCGAGAGCGAAGACUGGUCGGAUGAUGAAGCCGAGGCGGCUUAG